AUGCUUCAAAAAGUUUUUUUUUCAUCUUUAUGUUUGUUCUUAUUACAACUAAAAUAUGUAUUAUGUUAUAAUAUAAAAUGCUCUUCCUUAACAAAUAAUGAAGAAAUAUUAUCUUACUGUAAAAAUAAUUCAGAGUGUUAUGUGAAAAAUGUAAAUGAUUCAGAGUAUUCAUCAAUUGAAUGUAAAUGCAGAAAGCAAAUAAAUGAUUUUUUUUUUGCUGGACCCGAUUGUUCAAUAAAGAUUCCUUAUCAUUAUAAAACAACAAAAAAUAACGGAGUGUAUAAUACUACUUGGUUAGAGGACUUAUUUAAUCUAAAUAUUUGGAAAAAUGAGGAAAAUAGAGUAGGUAGAAUUUGUGUUAACCCACAAUGUAGUUAG